AUGACUUUGACUGUUCUCUCAGAUGAGCAGGUCAAGGAUAUCCUAGAAAAUCUGAGCCUAGAUGAGCUGGAGGAUUUCCGAAAGACACUGGCCAGUGCUCUUCAUGCCUUCUCUACAAGUCUGGGAACCGAUGGCCUAGGCGUCUUCCAGCAGCCGCAUCGAGUAUCCACGCUGCAUCCCGAUACUCAGGCCACGACGCUGUAUAUGCCAUCAUGCGGUCCCUCUGGCAUGGGCUGUAAAGUGGUAUCUCUCACUUCCGGCGAGGCAGCCAAGGACCCCACCAUCCAGCAAAUCAGUCCAACCGGCGUCGUCAACCUGUUCUCUCCAGACGGAAAGCCCAUUGGUCUUGUCCACGCCAGCACCCUCACUGCUUUCCGCACUGCCCUCGCCUCGCUAUGUCUCGUCUACCGCCGCAACCACGUCAAGACGAUAACCGUCUUUGGCAGCGGCAUGCAAGCCUACUGGCACGUCCGCCUCGCGCUCAUGAUGAGGGGUAGCACAGUCAAGCACGUCAACAUCAUCAACCACCGCUUCUCUGACAGCGCCGGCCGCAUUCUAAAGAAGUUUGCCAUUAUCCCUCCCGAAGUAAAGGCGCGGGAAGGCUGGGAGGCGGCCAAGUUUACAAUUUUGACGCCUACGUUCCAUGAGUUCAACCGCCUACAGAAGGAGUAUAUCCGCAACGCCGACAUUAUCUACUGCUGCACACCAUCUCGGGAAGAGCUGUUUGAUGCCUCGAUUUUGACGAACCAUGAAGGAAGAAAGAAGGGCAGGCUCAUCGUUGCGGUGGGGAGCUAUACACCAGAGAUGAGGGAGCUGCCCGAAGGUCUCCUACAGCUGGUCACAAAGCCCCGUGAAAAGGGCCAUAGACAUUUCCACAGACAUGCCGAUGAAGGUGGCGUUAUUGUGGUAGACACACUAGACGGAGUUUUGUCAGAAGCUGGAGAGAUCAUUGCCGCAAAGAUUCCCCCCACCCAGCUGGUUGAACUUGGCGAACUUGUCAUGCUUCACAGAAUGGCCGUCGACGAGUCAGAGUCCGAGGCCUCCGACGUCAUGUCACAAACUUCCUCCUUCUCAGAGCUAGACAUCUCCGACAGGAGCCCCUCCAUGAAUACAGUUUACAGCGACAUGCCAUCAAGCCCUUCGAGUCCGACAUCUACAUCUACACGCAGCAGAUCGCCGUUUGGGAAGCACUUCCGGAAAACCUCGAGCAACGUGUCUGAUAAAGACAAGGAGAAGCAAAAGGAUGACGCCCUCUCGCGCUGGCUACGGGACGGCACAGUCGUGUACAAGAGCGUCGGGGUGGGUUUGAUGGACUUGGUGGUUGGAACCGAGUUGGUUGAGAUUGCGAAGCGGAAGAAUAUUGGCACGCAGAUUGAAGGCUUCUGA